AUGGCGUACUACGAGGACCGCCGUUAUCGCGAGCCGCGCGACCGCUACACACGCCCCGCCAGUUAUGCCGAUCCGUAUGACGACCCUCGUGGCCAUUAUCGAAGACACGAGCGAGACUCAUAUGUACCCCGCGACAGCACCGACUCGGUCGAAGAAGUUCAACGCGAGUACCCACCAGGAUCAGACUAUGUCUACGAGCGAUCUUAUGCUUCUCGGCGGCCGAGGCGACCUGUUUACGAAACUGUGCGCCGUGCCUCCUCCGUCAGCGGUUACGAUCCAUAUAACGAUGCUUCCUACCGAAACUCCCGUCCUCGCCGAUCAAGACAUUAUGAGGAUAGACACUCCCGUCGUUCAAGAUACGAAUCUGAUUCUUCUCCAAGUCCCUCUCCACCUCGCCACAGACGUCGUAAGUCUUUCAGCGAGCAAGCUCUGGGGGCCCUAGGCCUCGGGGGUGCUGCUGCUUCGGCUAGUCGUGGAGAACGUGGUCGCGGCCGCUCCCCUUCUCGUCAUCGCCGAAGGUCAUAUUCAAGGUCACCGUCAGAUUCUCGCAGUCGCAGCCGCCAUCGCAGCAGCAAGCAUAGUGGCAGCAAGCGUGAUAAGAGCGAGCAGCGCAUUAUACAGGCUGCUCGUGCGGCUUUGACAGCCGGCGCAGUUGAGGCUUUCAAACAGCGCAAAGAGCCCGGUGAAUGGGCUGGCGCGAAAGGAAAACGCGUCCUCACUGCUGCUGUCACUGCUGGUGGAACUGACGGCCUUGUCGACAAAGAUCCCAGCAAGCAUGGGAAACGUCAUGUUAUUGAGUCCACGCUCGCAGGUCUCGCUGCUAGUCACUUCAUAGGUGGCGGCUCACGCUCACGAUCUCGUGGUCGAGACGGUCAUCGUUCUUCCAGUGGUGGUCUCAAGAACCUCGCUGCCACUGGGGCUAUUGCUGCUGCGGGAAAGGAAAUCUUUGAUCGAUACUCCAAAUCACGAUCUCGGCCUCGCGGCCGCAGCGAUUCCCGUGGCAGUGACUCAGACCAUCGUGGCUCCCGCAAGCGCAGCAAGAGCGUUUCGGAGUAUCUGACCAAGGGCAUGGCCGCCCUGGGACUUGGAGAAGGAGAAGACAGACGUCGCGACAGCAGAGAUGGUCGUAAGGAUUAUCAUCGGGAGCAUCGUCGGGAGGAUCGGGACGACCGAGAACGGCCUCAUCAUCGGGGACACCGAUACGACGACUACACGGAUUCAGAUGCGGACAGCGAUUAUCACAGCAGGGACUCGAGACGGGGCAAAGGCUCGAGAGAUGUAGGUCGACACCGUUCAUUGGACGGCAGAAAUCCACCCCCCUAUGCACCCACAGCGCGCGGUCAACCCCGUGCCGGUUCUAAAGACCGCCACGGGUCGAGCUCCGAGAGUGAUUCUGACCUAGGUGACAGUUCUGAUGAAAUGAAGAAACGGAAGAAGCUGAAGCGGGAUAUGCUUGUGACGGGAGGUCUGGCCACCGUGGCCACCAUCCACGCUGCGCAUGGUCUCUACGGUAGCAUGGAGAAGAGGAAAACACGGAUGCAGCAGUUGAAAGAAGGAGAGAUUACGCCUGAAGAGGCUCGCAAACGACGCUUGAAAGCUAACACCAAGGACGCUGUGAGUAUCGGUCUCGCUGCGCUCGGUAUCAAGGGCGCCUAUGGUGAAUGGAAGGAGGUUAUGGAGAAACGAAAGGAAAAUGAACAUUUCCAGCAGGAAUGUGCCCACCGGGCUCUUAAGCGUGAGCUGCGUCGUUCUCGUAGCCAGGCUGCGCCUCGCCGUCAUCGCUGGCCUGAUGAGAUUGAAUAUGCGCCGUCGAUGAACGAGUCUCGGAGCGAUAAUGGCCCUAUUUACCGUGACGGAAAUCCUUAUGGGGCGCAUGAAGCAGCGCAGAUCUCUUACUAG